CAAAGGGCCCGGCUGCAGCUCGACACCCGAUCUCCUCUUUGGCUCUGGCUUCCUUUUGUCCUGCUAUUUCAUAUCUGACAGGGCCACCCUAAUAAAAACCCUUCGCUGGAGGCUGAGGCAGAGAUGGAUCUGUGGUUUGGGAGCUUGAGGGCUCAGAAAUGGGGAAUAAACAAACCAUCUUCACAGCACAGCAGCUUGAUGCAUACCAGACUGUUCUAUCGAUAUCGGGAUUUGGCACCGCAGCUCGUUCCUCUUGACUACACCAACCAGCCAGAUGUGAAGUUACCAUACGAGCUGAUUGGCAGCAUGCCGGAGCUGAAGGACAACCCAUUUCGGCAGAGGAUCGCCGAGGUUUUCUCUGAGGAUGGAGAGGGAAACAUGACUCUGGAUGACUUCUUGGACAUGUUCUCAGUCCUCAGUGAGAUGGCUCCUCGUGACCUAAAGGCCUAUUAUGCUUUUAAAAUUUACGAUUUCAACAAUGACGACUUCAUCUGCAAGUCAGACCUAGAGAAGACGCUGAACAAGCUCACUCGCAACGAGCUGACAGAAGACGAGGUGAAGAUGGUGUGUGAGAAGGUGAUCGACGAGGCUGACCUGGACAACGAUGGACGCCUGUCGCUUGAGGAUUUCCAAAACAUGAUUAACAGAGCUCCAGAUUUCCUCAGCACUUUCCACAUACGGAUCUGAGGAAACCAGCUGUGCCUCCUGAUGGCUUGAAUACAGAUGGACUGGAAGCACUGCAGAACAAAUGUGGACUUUCUCAGAAAUGACUUAUUGUUGUCAUAUAGUGAAUAUUUUUAACCCUAAAUAAAUGUCAACUCAGCCCAGCAUCAGCAGGUGGACGCCCAGCUUAUCAGCUGCCAUGGGCUUCAUUAAUUAUGACCAUCAACAGCAGAUUUGUUUUGUCGUUAAAGGGUUUGGUUACACUGAAUAUAAAAGAGCCGAAUAUUCCAGUGGCUCCCUGUGGGCUAGUGGGGGGUGAAUGAAUCAGCAAAGCUUCAGCACAAGGUCACCUAUUGGUUGUCCAUUCAGGUAACCAAUGAAAAUACAUUUCUUAGACUUAGAUAAACUUUAUUGUCAUUUUGUAUACACCGAGUGUAUAUGUUGCUUACAGUUUUUAAAACAGUGAAAUGAGCAGCUUAAAACAGUGUAAUGAUCAUUACCAUUAAAAAAUGCACCUGUGAUCAUUUUGUAAAGAGUACAGGAGAAAAGGAAAACCAGUUUAAAAAAUAAUGGUGCAAAAGGGCUUUAAUAUAGAACCGUUCAGUGUAGUGCAAAAUUAAUAUGGUGCAAAAUGCUGUAUAACAUUAGGUUGUGUCCUAUUUAAAAGGAUUAUAAAAGUUUUAGCAACGUCGGUGGUGCAAAUAAUGUUGCGGGUGUGAUGCAGAGUCCAGUUUAGAGUUUAACAGUUCAACAGUCUGAUGGCAGCAGGCAAAAAGCUGUUGCAGAACCUGCUGGUCCUGCAGCGGAUGCUGGGAAGCCUCUUUCCAGAGUUCCUAUGGGCUUUCUGUGAAUGUCCUAA